AUGGUACGCUCAUACCGGAAGUACGAAGCUGGUCCAGCCUUCUCCACCAUUUGCACCGCAACAUCGAACAUUGUCUGGACUUCCGAUGGAUCGAGUCGCAAUGCUGGAGCUGGAAAGGCCUUCGUCGGCGCGAAUGAGGAAGUGCUAUGCUGGGAUGUGAAGAAGGGAGAACUUCUAUCAAGGUGGCAGGACAAAGACAACAAGAGCGAGGCAACAUGUAUAACACAAUGUGAAAUACAACCAGAUCUAGUUGCUGUAGGAUAUACGGACGGAUCGAUUCGAAUAUGGGAUUCCCUGUCAGGACAGAUUGUGGUAAGCUUUAAUGGCCACAGGAGUGCUGUGACACAUCUGCAAUUCGAUCGAGAAGGUUCAAGACUCGCCAGUGGGAGCAAGGAUACGGACAUCAUCAUCUGGAAUCUGCUCUCGGAGACUGCCGAGUUCAGGUUACGAGGUCAUAAAGACCAGAUCACUGGCAUAGCUUUCUUGUCGACUCCGCUUUCUGGUACCCUGGACUCUGAGGGAGAUGCUGUGAGGGGCGAGGUGGAGGAGAAAUAUUUGUUGUCCACAUCGAAGGACGCCCUUGUCAAGAUCUGGGACUUGGCCUCACCACACUGUAUCGAGACACAUGUUGCGCAAACAAGCGGCGAGUGUUGGGCAUUGGGAAUGAGCCCAGAUGGUGCUGGAUGUAUCACAGCUGGCAACGACGGCGAGAUGAAAGUCUGGAGGCUGGACACAGUUGCAUUGGCGCGGCUGAACGACAACGUUGAUGGUGGCAAGAAGGAGGACGUUCUCACAAGUCAGGGCAUCAUACAUCGGCAAGGCAAAGACCGGACGAUCGGCAUAUCGUUUCACCCUCAUCAGGACUACGUCGCGAUACAUGGCUCAGAAAAGGCGGCAGAGAUUUGGCGGAUACGGUCUGCAGAUGAGCUACAUCGUCACAUGCAACGAAAGCGCAAGCGAAGACGUGAGAAGGCCGCAGCUGCCGGCGAGACACUGGGUCCUGAAAAGGAUGAGGCGCUCGAGGCUCCGGAAGUCACAGACGUCUUCGUCCCAUUCGUGAUUGUGCGUACUGGUGGCAAGGCUCGCUCCUUGAGCUGGGUGACGAUGGGGUCCAAAACUGCAAAGGAGAUUCAAAUCCUGGUCGCAACGACCAACAAUCAGCUUGAGCUGUACAAAGUCGCAAAUCAUCGCUCACAACAAGGUUCGGCCACACGAGAGGCGCCUGACUACAGUCGAUCUCUUGGAGUGGAUUUGCCAGGCCAUCGAACCGACAUCCGCACCCUCGCGCUCUCCUCGGACGAUCGAAUGCUGGCCAGUGCGUCCGCAGGUGCUCUCAAAGUGUGGAAUCUGCGAACGCAAUCAUGCUUGAGGACACUCGAAUGUGGUCAGGCUCUCUGCUCUGCUUUCCUACCUGGCGACCGCAUGGUGCUCCUCGGAACCAAGUCAGGAGAGCUGGAGCUAUACGAUAUCAGCACAAGUACGCUGAUCGAAAAGAUUGCGGCGCACGACGGUGCAAUUUGGACGCUAGCAGUACAUCCUGAUGGACGGUCCGUUGUCACAGGUUCUGCUGACAAGAGUGCGAAGUUUUGGCGAUUCGAUGUGGUGGAUGAGGACAUUCCCGGCACGAGGCGGACCACGCAAAGACUGAAGUUGACACAGACACGGCAGCUCAAAGUCUCCGACGAUGUGCUCUCGGUCUGCUUCUCACCUGACCAAAAGUACUUGGCGCUUAGCACACUCGACAACACUGUCAAGCUGUUCUUCGUGGACACGUUGAAGCCUUAUCACAUCUUGUAUGGCCACAAACUACCUGUGUUGAAUUGCAGCAUAAGUAGCGAUUCGAAGCUGAUCGCAACUUGCUCUGCCGACAAGAAUGUCAGGAUCUGGGGUCUCGACUUCGGCGACUGCCACAAAGCCUUCUUCGCUCAUCAAGACAGUGUGAUGCAAGUCGGCUUCAUCCCGCAUCCUGUGGAGGCAGACGAGAGGCAUACAGUGUUCAGCGCCAGCAAAGAUGGUGUGCUCAAAUCGUGGGACGCCGACAAGUUUGAACAGAUCCAGAAGCUUGAAGGUCAUCAUGGAGAGAUCUGGGCGAUGGCUGUCAGCCAGACCGGAGACACUGUUGUGACAGCAUCACACGACAAGAGCAUUCGCAUUUGGUCUGUUGGCGAUGACCUUGUCUUCCUCGAAGAAGAGCGAGAACGAGAGUUGGAGGAAAUGUACGAAUCCACACUCGCUCAGAACCUGGACCGAGACUUCAAAGACGAGGAAGAACAGAACACCGACGUGGCAGCAGCCAGCAAGCAAACGAUCGGCACCCUAACACACGGUGAGAAGAUCAUGGAAGCGUUGGAGGCCGGUCUGACAGAUCUCGAGCUCAUGCGCGGCUACGAGCGAGACAAGCUACGAAAUGCGAAGAUGGCCGUCCCGCAGCGCAAUCCGAUUUUCCUCGCUCUCGGCAAUAUCUCCGCAGAGGAACACGUCCUGCGCAUCCUUAGAAGAGUUCCCGCGCCAGCCCUCAACGACGCCUUGCUCGUCAUCCCCUUCAGCACUCUGCCCACACUCUUCACCUUCCUCGGCAUCUUUUUGCAGAAGCGCAUGCAGCCUGAACUAGCGUGGAGAAUUACAUACUUCAUGCUCCAAGCACACAUGACCCAAAUCGUGGCGUCGAAGCAGUUGAAGGGCAUCUUGACAGAUGUCUAUGAGGCGUAUGAGCAAUGGCAAGAGGAAGAGCAGCGUGUUAUGGGCUUCAAUCUUGCGGGUCUGGAGAUUAUGAGUCGGGAGGCAAGGGAGAUCGAGACGGAUAUGGGAUAUGUGGACGAGCCGGUGGAGGAGGAUAGGGGUUUGGAGAAGGGGCGGAAGAAGAGAGCUUUCGCUAGUAUGGCGUAG